AUAUCAGCGAUGGAUAUGCUGUCGCUAAACUUGUGGCAAGGAAAAACGAAUUCGUCGCUAAAACCCUCGCUGAGUUAUUUGCCACGUUUUAAUUACCUAUCGAGUGAAUUUGCUGCUGAUCCAUUGCAAACAUUUAGCAACGGAAUAGCAACGGAUUCUUCGGUCUCUAAAAGCCAUGUUUCUAGUAGUGACUUAAGAGUCAUCUGA